GUUUAGUUUUGAUUUACUCUUGUCCGGGUACAUUGCAAAAUUGUGUUAUAGCUUUCGGUGAUAAGUUUGUUUGUUUGUUGGUGGCAAACAUGUUCAGUUUUCUAAAGUUUGUUUACUUUUUUGCCAUAGUUGCAAAACUUAUGUCAUUUUGUGUUAAAAUGGUUUUUCAUGAGGAAAAGCUAAGAAGCAUGAACUUGAGCAAAAAGAGGAAUAUUAAGUAUUAUUGAUUCGUUUAUACUUGUACCACUCAACCUUCGUCUCUACCCCGACCCAAGCAACGAUGGUAUAGGCGGCGUGGGCUGCCCCUCGCCCCGCCGCUCCCGGUCGCUUCCAUUACGUCAUGGGCGCCCGUUCCGAUGACGUCUACCGGCCCCCAAGGCUCGCCGAAUGGCUGCACCGGUUACCUCACGUCAACGCCAGCUUCAAGGAGGUGGACAGUACCUUCGAUCCGAGCUCAUCCGUUUAUCUAGAGAGUUUGGGGAUUUUAGCCUCGAUACCGGGCGCAUGGCUUAUCUUCACCCUGUUUAUCUUGCUGCUUUAUCUGCUGACGAGAUGCUGCGACCGGAAACCGAGACACGCCAAAUCAAUUUCGGCCCUUAAGGUCACGCUGGCGAUUACGUCGGUGCUGUGCUGCGCGGCCGUUGGUUUGGGUCUAUACGGUAACGACGAUCUGCACAACGGAGUGAUCCAGACCUUGAACCAGGCUCGCACGAUCGACGGUCUCGUUGCUAAAAUUCGCAACCACACCGAAGCAAUUGAACGACAGCUGCGUAUCCAGGCCGCAGCUGAUUUCACCGCGAUCAGAUCCAUUUUUGAUGACUCCAUUGUCAGUAAUAUGACUGUUUUUAAAGCUGCGGAACUGCAUUUGAAGAAGCUCGUCGCCAAUAAUACUCUGGCAGCAAAUGCUGCAGCUGAAAUCAGGAAUCCGCUUAUAGCACUGAAUCUCAUUCCGACUAUCGAAGUCGGAGAAAAGUUUGAAACAGUUCGAUGGCCUUUUACCAUGACGGUUUUGAGCGUUCUUCUCAUACUUUGCGUCAUUUUAUUGGUGGGCGUGGCUAGACAUAAUAGAUGCGCCCUUAUUGCAUUUUCAGUGUGUGGGCUUCUCGCUGUUAUCGCUUCUUUCAUAAUGGCCAGCGUUUAUUUGGCUUCAACUGUGGCACUGGGAGACUUCUGUAUGGGACCGGAAAAGUUUAUAGAAAGUCGGGCCAGUUCCGAGCUGUCGAAGGACAUUUUAAGGCAUUAUUUAAAUUGCGAAAGGGCAAGGGCAAAUCCUUUUACUCAACGAUUAAGGGAAGCAAAAACUACCUUGGAAAAUAUGAGAAUUGAGCUUAGCUUACUCAAACCACUGGCAUUUCAGUUAUUUCCGAAAAAAGGUUUGGAACAGAAAUUCAACUCACUCAAAAACGAAAUCAAUGCCGCCGAUACCAUUGGUACCCAGUUAACAGCGCUUGUGGAUUGUAGAGCAUUGUACACCCAUUACUUAUUAGGAGCCAGAGCACUUUGUAAUGUGGGACUGCUUGGGCUUACACUGAUGUUAGCCUCGGCAGUACUGGCUGGUGUUCUACUAACAGUGCUUGUUUGGGUCGAUUCUCAUACAUGGAUAUACAUUAGAAAAAAGAAAGACUAUCAACAGGUGAACGAGACGGACCCGUACCUGCCGCCGCCGGCCGCGAGCCAAGCGAUCGCCGCCCGCACCCUGCAGCGCAGCCAAGGGCAGUUCCCCGGACCCCCCGACACUCCUCCGCCUAGCUAUGCGCACGCCGCCCUCCUUAGACCGCCCCCCUCGCAUGUCGCCUCGGCUCCGGUGCAUGAAGCCGAUCUUUUGCUGGAUGGCUGUGAUACAAGGGCUCAGGAGCAUCACCGCGGUGCACAUUUAUCCCAUCUGAGAGGUCACACUUUGGGACGUUUACCGUCUCAUCAUCAUCACGAGUCGAUUUCAGGACCAAACAAUGGCAAAUACGCUACUUUGAGCAAACAGUGCAAGACGUUAGAAAGCUCGGAUUUCUACUGAGACAGGCAUGCCUGCAAGGAGUUCCCAAACUUUAAAGGUUUUAAGUUCGACCAAGGACAGCAGCAAAGUAGCAACGUCCAACAGCACAGCACAGAACAACAGCCUCACGAAACGCAACGCACCGCCACCCUUGGAAAGUACUCAUCUUUGGGACGUCGUCCCUUACCGCAAACGCCCGAUGAGAAGGCUAGAAACAAGCCACCUGUACCGAAGGUUCCUGUUACCAUUUCUGGAACCAUUCCAGAGACCCCAAUUAACCCUAAUAAUUUCAGGUCUCUUCAACGUGGAGCUUGGCAAGAGUCGGUGAGUACCUUCCAACCUAACCUGCAAUUCAGGUCGCUGCAGCGCGGCAACCUAGGACCGCCAGGUGCGCACGCGCAAUUCAGAUCCGUCAAGAUUCAGGAUCAGAACCAGCAGAGCGAGGCUAUGUACGCUAACAGCGAAAACGAGAGGCAGUUGUAUGCUGUUACCGAACUGUGAAUUGGUCAAUUAGUUUUGUUUUUUGUAUAAGACCGAAUAUAAAAAUCGAUCGUUUUGACCAUAAAGAGACUGAUUUACAUUCCGAAAAUCGUUUUCUAAGUCACCAGCACAUUCCUUAUUCUUUUUCUAUGGAAAGUUUUUUAAAUGUCAGGGAGUUGUCUAAAAUUAUAAGACAACUAAAAAUGUUUUUAGUGGUCUGAAUUUUGAUGUUGAAGGUAAUUAUGGAGUUUUCGAAAUAAACAAAGUAAAAUGAAGUAAAACAGGAGUUCUUCGAAAAUUAGAUCUCCUGACGACCACAAUGACUUUUAAUGGCGUAUUAUAAUUGAACAUUUUUUUGUGGUUAUGAUUAUCUGGUAAUGAAAUAUUCAUAAAUGCACAGUUUUAUAUUUUUAGAUAAAUGACUGACAAACUUUACACUAAACUUGAUACUAAGUAGAUAUUUUAAAAUUGAGAUUUAAUAUAAUAUAAAUUCACAAUCGCAACAAACUUGAGACUGAACUUUUUUUGAUUUAGGUCUAAUGACGAUCGGUUUUUAGAAAUUGGUUUAUAAAAUGUACCAAUAUCUAUUAUAACCUUUUUUAUAAAUAUUGGCUCUAAUAGAUAUUUUACAUUUGUGUAUGUUUUUUUUUGUUUCAUUUUGGGAAAUGCAGGCAUGUGGUUAAUAGUAAAGGAUAUUUCUUUUUUAUUUUAUAUUAUUACUACGUGUAUGUAGAUAUUUUUUUAUAAAUUUUAAAGCAUAUAGUAGUACAACAUAUAUUAUUAGUGAUCUUAGUUGCAUUCCUUCAUCCUGUCUACUAUAGGUAGUAAGGUAGCCUAUGGAAUUUAUAUAUGUAAUUAUUCUAAUAAAAAUGAUAUAUGUUGUACCAUAAUGGACUAAUAUACUGUUAGGUUAUUACCCCAACCUAAUACCUUAUAAUUUGUCGAUAAAAAUUGCAAAGAUGUAUAUAGUAAGGAUGUUUAAUUUAAGGUAGUUAAUACAUUUUGAAUAAAAUAUAUGUUGGGAAAAAAAUAUUGAAUAUUAGGUAUAUUAGUUCAUUCAAUUUUUUGUAUAGGUAUGUACGUUUUAGUGCCAUAAAAUAUACGUGGCAUUUUUUACGAUUUCACAUUAAAAGGAAUCGACAUUCAAAGGCUCUAGCACAAUUUACUUCUAUAAAUGUUAUAAUAAAUGGACAUUUUCAUUCUAGAAUCAUUACUGUAAAAACUCAGGCUAGUUAUUACGAGCGAUACAAAACGAAUUUUCUAGGGGAACUAGUACAAUUUUAUAUAAUUCUCUCUAAAGUACAUUAUUUCUUCUACAUGUCACUUUUAGACACUUCUAGUCUGAGAUUGUUUUAAGUUCAUGGUCAUUCAAACAUAAUGUGCCAAAAUAUAAAUGAGAGGCUUUCUAGUAGAAAUAAAAACAAGAACCUGUUGUGGCACAAAUAGUAAACAUACAUCUGAUACAAUGGGGAACAAAACCAGAUUUUUUUUGCUGUAUAAAAAAUAAAAAACGUAGGAACUCUACCGUCUCGGAUGCUCAUUUUUUACAUAGGGUAGUGAAUGGGACGGCCGUUAUGCUCAAAGAAGCAUUGUAUUUAUUUUUUUUUAUAAAUUUUAAUGGUGUAGAUGGAUAAUUGAUUAAUAAAAUGUAUUUUUUGCUUUACAAUGUUAGCUAGAAUAUUUUUAUUCUAUAAAAAUAACAUAACUAGCAAUUUAAAAUUAUCAAAAAGUAAUUUAAGUCCACAAUAUAUUGCUUGUAAAUGCAUUUUUAAUUUUUAGAAAAAAAUAGUAUAUACGGGGGUCUCAUGAUAAAUAAAUGUACUAGCAUUUACUUUCUCUUCUAGAGAAUCUACCGUGUAUGUCUGUAUUAUGGAGCUGUUACAUAUAUAUUGAUAUAUUCCUAUUACCUAAGUAAAAAUACUAGGUUAAAAUUAGAUACAAUGUGAAAUUACUAGUUCAAUUUAAAUUUUCAAAUUGUGCUUUAUUUGUACUGGAAUUAUUUUAGUUAACUCAGUUAAAAAUAUGUAAUAGCUACAUAAAACGAGAUGUGGUAGUUAAAAUAGGACUAAUAUUGUUAUAGAAUUACAGGGCGUACAUUUUCCAUUGACCCUGAAUAAUUUUGUAUAUUUUGUCGUAAAUAUAAAAAUACUGAAUAACUGCCAAAGACUAUGGUUUGAUGCUUGACGCUGAAAGUUUUGUAUGGGUGUUUGUAUUAGAAGUUGUUCUACAGGGUGAACAAAAAGAAGUGUUAAGUUACCAACCAAAAAUAUAGAAUUUCUCUUAUUCAAUUUUUAAACGGUCCCCUGUACAACCAUUUAAUGUAAGAUUUGUCAAACUGGAGAGGCACUGUUUGAGUGCGUGAUGUAUAAUAUUAAAUUAACUAAUAGUAAAUGUAUCUUUCCACUCAUGAAUUACUUUAUAGCGUUUUGAAUGUUCUUUAAAUUUUAAGGCGUCGAUGUUUUCAGGUAGGCAUUGUAUAGUUUAUAAAUUAGUUGUGUUUUUAGUUUCUUUUUGGUUUAUUUUAUUUUCUUUUUAAGAGGAAGCUUUAAUUUGUGUGUACGUUAUAUAUUUUGUAUGAUAAUGUCACUGUAUUUAUUGAUUUUUUGGAACUGAUAACGCAUUUUUAUUGUAUAGUAUGUUUAUGUAAUAAAAAACUUGAGACAGUCGA